AUGCAACCUCUGAAACUGCUCACGUUGACCACCGUCUUCCUGGGAUUCUGCUCAACUACGUCUUUUGGCGGAGGACACAGUGCCCAUGGCGGACGGGCUAUCAUGUCUCGACGCUUCAAGACGGGAUCCGUGUACCUGAUCAAGAGCCUGCAUGCUGUGCCCAGUGCGCAGAAAAAGCGACGUGGUGGAAGUGGUAGCUGGAAAGCCGGCGGCGGAGGAGGAGGAGGGGGAUGGAAGGGAGGUGGCGGUUGGUCUGCUGGAGGUGGCGGAGGCUGGGACAUGGGUGGUGGAAAUGGUUGGUGGAAAACAGGCACCAGUGGUUGGAACAUGGGCGGUGGAGGAGGAGGCUCGAAGGCUGGAGGUGGCGGUGGAGGCGGCGGCUACGGUGGAGGAGGGGGUGGCGGCGGCGGUGGUGGCGGCGGCGGUGACGACCUCAUCGUCAUCCAAAGCGCGGACGCGGCUCCUGACCCCGGUAUUACUGUAGAAUCUGAUGGCGGUGGAGGCGGAGGCGGCAACAUCGUCGUAGCUGAGGGUGGUGGCGGUGGUGGCGGGGGCGGCGGCGGCGGCGAUGUCGUGAUCCAAGCAAGUUACAGUGGCGGCGGCGGAGGAGGCGUCGACUACGACAUCGGUGACGGUGGUCCCUGGUGGAACCGCUAG